GGCAAUACUCUAGUCCUUAGUUAAGCUUUGCAUGAAUUUAUAUGGUGGUCGUGGGUGUGGUUCAUGCCCGUUUUAUUAAUUAGUUGUUCACUUAUAAUCUCGCAUCUCAAUUAGUUAGAAACUGAAGAGAAAAAUCUGGGCUUAUCCUUUGAUUUUAUUUUAAAUUGUCAAUUAAAUUAUCCAUAUUUGGAAUUGGAUUGAAAAUAUUUUUAGCGAUGCGUGAUGUUGUAUCUCAAUAUGUACUUUACAAGGUGGAACUUUCACCUUGAGUUGAUGCGGUUAUGUAUAAAUGUAUGGAAUCGUGGUCGGUGUGGGUGCGUGUACUGUGUACGAAACGAAUGAGAGUCUUGUUACAAUUAUUUUGGUUUGAUAAAUUAGUUUGUUAAUUGGAAAUAGUUUGUAUUUAUGCCAUAGAAUCAUUUAAGCAUCAAAUAAAACACUCGCUGUAAACAUGAUCCUGAAUCUUGGACCGGGCUAUACGCCUCCGUCGUCUGAAAUUGUAUCGUUCAUUCGAGACUUCAAGAUCCUGGAUUGUACCUGUUGUAACCAGCUAAUGGGAUUUCAACACCGAAUUACUGGAAUGCUUUUUUGUACUACGGAUUGUAUCGAUUUAAAACGGCAUAAGCAAUGCCAGCAAGGGGGAGUUUUCAUAACACCACCGUCAUAUAGCGCGGCUCUUCUCGAGGCAGCGGAUUUGUACAAGGAAGUAAAUGACAAAUCAUUAGACAGCUCUGCGACAGAAAUACGUUGUCAGUCGUCCGGCGUUAAGAAGAUGGACGUAGUAAAUCAUUUCUUUAAGGAUAUACCCGACAAAGUUGAUCCUCUGUUGGAAUUGGAAAAGCCUAAGAUAACAACAACGGCAGAAGAAACACUCAAGCUUGAUGAGCAAAAAAGCGUUGAUGUCGUAGAUGCUACUGCUGCUCAAAAGCAUGAUCUCCCAGUAGCUAAAAAAUACAACAAAGAAGUAGAUGAGAAGCCGUUUGCCGGCUCUACGACAAAAAUACGAAGUUCUCAGGCAUCUGGCACUAAGAAGAUGGACGUAGCAAAUCCUUUCUUUAAGAAUUUACCCGACCAAAUUGAUCCUCUGUCGAAGCCCAAAGAUAACUCAAAGAUAACUGCAACUGAAGAAGAAGCACUUCAAAUUGAUGGGCAAAAAAGUUUUCCCCCACUACCUCCCAGGAAUGUCGAAAAAGUAGCUUCUGUUUCUCGAAAGAGUGCUCCACCCGUGGGGGGAGUAACUCAGAAUACGACCCAAUCUGAACCGCAAUAUCAGGCUGAUUCCAGUACCGCUACCGCUUCUUAUACUGUUCGAAAGAGUGCUCCACCCGUUGGUGGAGUAACUCAGAAGAAGACCCAACUUGAACCGCUAUAUGAGGAUGAUUCCAGUACCGCUCCUGCUGCUAAUACUGUUCGAAAAAUUGCUCCACCUGUGGGUGGAGUAGCUCAGAAUAAGACCCAAUCGGAACCACAAAGUCAGGCUGAGUCCAGUACCGCUACCACUGUUGCAGAGGUCAAGAAGGUUGUUAAAGAACCUGAAAUUAAAAGAUUUAUGUGGCAGAACUGCAAAUUCUCCAAGAAUUUGGUCGACGGUGCAAUAGUGAAGUCCACUCAUAUUUGGAACAUUAAUAAGCUCCAGCUUGCAACUGCAUUGGACGAGCAGGACCUUUUUGGUAUUCAGGACAAGGUGAAUAUCCACUUGCAACAAGUCAAAAAGAUGACACACCCACCCAUCAUUGAUGAGAUGGUAAUUGGGGAGUAUAAUGGAGAUUACUAUCGGGGUCGUGUAACUAAAAUUAAAGGAGAUGUCUACCGAGUCGUCUUUGUGGAUUUUGGAGAUGCACGAGAAAUGGCCUACACUGAAAUGUACCCGGUCUCCGAGUACAUCAUGAAGGAUCCAAUCUUCAGCGUAUGUGUGGUGCUUGAUGGAGUCCCACGAUUGGCGAAGAAAGUUAAACCAGGGAGAAAAUUGAGAGACUUGGUGUAUGGUAAAAUGCAACUGCAAAUGAUUGAUCCACUUGUCGUGAGUCAAGCUGAGCAUUAUCGUGCCGUUCUCUGGGUGUCCGAUGACCGUGAUUUGAACAAAAUUGUUCACGAGGUUGUUUCGAAAUUGGAGGCUGAUGUGUUGACACCAGCAAAUUGACUUUGAUUCAUAAUUCAAAUAUACAGCCAUUCAAUCAACUAGAUUGGCAGUACUUGAAUGCAUAAAUGCAUUCAUUCGCUCAUUUUGUUAUUAUACUUUUUAUAAUUCUUUUGAGAUAUUUUUUUACUUCUGUACUUGACUUAUGGGGUACCGAUAAGUUACAUUUUAUGAUAGAGUUAACUUGUGCUAAACAUGUGAUUAAUGAGCUGGAUUCUAGUUAAUAGACUUAUUACUCGAAAUGUUUGUAGCCAUGCUAGUAUUUAGUUUUUAUUUUUGGCUUUUGACAAUAAACAUUGAAUAUUAAAUAAAACUUUAAACAUA